AUGGAAACUCUCUCAACCGGCCCCAAGAAAAAUAUCAUCGUCAUCGGUGGCUCCCUCAGCGGCCUCAUGCACGCCAUCCUUUUCAAACGCCACGGCCACAACGUGCACAUCCUCGAAGCAGCAUCCAGCGCACGAGCCAGCCACGCGGCGGGCAUCACCGCACGCGACGACGUGCUUGAAUACAUGCGUCUUUACGAUCUCACUGAAGAGCCAUGGUACAUCAAUUCCCCAGACACGCAAUUUAUUAAUAAAUCCGGGGCGAGGAUUCGCGGGUUUAAGAAGGUUUUGUGUAUGACUAGCUGGAGCGUAUUGUAUCAUCGAUUGAGAGCGAAUUUUGAUGGUCUGGAGAGUGUAUUUGUGAAGAAUGUGCCAGGGAAAGUGGAAAAUGAGGGAAGGGCCAUUUUUGAGGGAGGAGUAAGAGUCGCGGACGUGGUAGAUGUUGGGAAGGAGGUCGAGGUUAGGGUGAGGGAUGAGCAUGGUUCCGAGGAACGGACGAUGCGUGCGGAUCUGGUGAUUGCAGCUGAUGGUUCGAACUCAUUUAUUCGACAUAAAAUGUUGCCGGAGAUUCAGACAAAGUAUUCAGGAUAUGUUGCAUUUCGAGGAUGUGUACCGCAAAACGCCGUAUCUGAGAAGACAUUAGCGACAUUCAUCGACAAACUGACGAUCUUCAAAGGAAGUAAUCCCAAGAGCUACAUCUUACUAUACAACAUCCCCGACGACGCAAAAGGAAAUCUUACCCCCGGCUCACAACUCCUCAACUACGUCUGGUACUGGAAUGUCCCCCAAUCCGAGCUCCCCAACCUCAUGACCGACAUCCACGGCCACACCCACCGAAACAUGCUUCCAAUCGGUCUUAUCCGCCCCGAAAUCUGGGACGUACAACUCGCUCACGCCCGCUCCCUUCUCCCGCCACCAUUCAUCGAAGUGAUCGAGAAAACCACCCAGCCUUUCGUCGCGCUUGUGAACGAGCAUAUGUCUACCCGCGCAUCGUUUUUCGAUAGCAAGAUGUUAUUAGUAGGUGACGCGCUGAGUUUAUUCCGGCCACAUGUAGCGUUGAGCACGAAUCAAGCUGCGAGGCAUUGUUUGGGGCUGAAGAAGGUUAUGGAUGGGGAGAUGAGUUUGCGAGCGUGGGAAGGUGAUGCGUUGAGGUAUGCGAAAGCGACGGGGUUGUUGAGUGUGGUUGUAGGGAAUUUUGGACAGAACGGGAUUGGGAAAUUGAUUUUGAGUGUAGUUAGGUAUUUGAUUUGUAUUGUUGGACAGAAAAUUUCUUGGCUUUGGAGAAAGAACUGA